AUGUCAACGUCAAAUACAGAAGCGGUAAAGAGCGCACAGCCCGUACCAGCACAACCAAUCCCAACUUCUGCGGAUACUAGCUCAUUCAACUAUACCACCGAAGGAAAAGCAACUAUUUUGACCCCGAAAAAAGAUAAAGUUUUUUACAAUCCAAUUCAACAAUUCAAUAGAGAUAUAUCUACGUUGUCCAUUAUCGCAUAUGACCACAUCCGAGCCGAACAGAAUGAGUUGAAGAAUAAGAACAAGAACAAGAAGCGGAAACUCCUUGGAUUAACCAUUUUGGAAGCGUUGUCGGCAUCGGGAUUGAGAUCGUGUAGAUAUGGAUUGGAAAUACCUAACGUCUACAAAAUCGUGGCUAAUGACUUGUCACCUGAUGCCGUGACAUCUAUCAAUAGGAACAUUGAACAUAACCAACUCACUGGGAAAGUGGUUGCUAACCAAGGUGAUGCUAUCAAGUACAUGGCGUCAGCACCGAGUAAAUUCAAUGUAGUUGAUCUUGAUCCAUAUGGAACUGCCUCUCCAUUUAUUGAUGCCGCAAUUCAAUGUGUUGAAGAAGAUGGAAUGUUGUUGGUUACGUGUACUGAUGCCGCGGUGUUGGCAGGAAGCGGGUAUCCUGAAAAAUGCUUUGCCUUGUAUGGAGGAAACAAUUUUGGCAAUUCAUAUAUCAAUAGCGAAACUAAUCAUGAAGUUGGGAUUCGAUUGAUGUUGCAGUCGAUUGCAGCCACUGCGGCUAGAUACAAGAAGUCUAUCGAACCAAUGUUGAGCUUGAGUAUUGAUUACUAUUUUAGAGUGUGGGUGAAGGUGAAAACUAGUCCGAUAAAAGUAAAGAAUUUGGCUAGUGAGACAAUGCUAACUUACGGUUGUAAUGGCUGUGGACAAAAGGUUGUACAGCCAUUGGGAAUCAGAAAUGAUAACAAGUAUGUGUAUCCAAAGCUAGUAGGACAAGCUAAAAGUCAUUGUGAAUUCUGCGGUAGCACUUAUAAUGUUGCUGGACCAAUGUAUGCUGGCCCAUUACACAAUCAAGAAUUCAUCAAGACACUUCUUACUGUUCUUGCAAAAUCUGAAAAUAAGGUAUACAAGACGUCAGAACGUAUAAAGGGGAUGUUGACAUUGGCACAAUCUGAACUAGAUACUGUGCCAUUUUUCUACAACUUGAACCAUCUCAGCUCAAUUUUCAAAUCGCCGCCUAUCUCAAUUGAUGAGUAUAGUAAAGCAGUAGGGAACAUGGGCUACAAGUUGAGCUUAACUCAUGCGAAAAAGAAUUGUAUCAAGAGCGAUAUUCCGUGGGAAAAGAAUCUUGAGAUUAUUCGUGAAUGGACUAUAAAGCAAAACAAGUUGUAUAUUGAAGAGAUGAAGACAAAGUUGGAACUGGAGGGUUCAUUGAAUGAGAAGAUCACUGAGAAAUUGGCCAAAUUGGAUGAGGAUAUAACUUAUAGUCCUAAUUUGAAUGAAAAAUCUGUGGGGGCGCAAAUACUCAAAUAUUUCAAACAAAAGCGUGCGGGGACGUAUGAAGUUGUUGUUGAUUUCGAUACUUCUAAUGCUGAAAGUGAAAAAAUUCUGAAGUUGCGCAAGGUGAAAAUGGUUAGGUAUCAAGAGAAUCCAACAAAGAACUGGGGUCCAAUGGCAAGACCAAAGUAA